AUGUCAGCAUCAAGAAUUGGAUGGAUUGGAACAGGAGUAAUGGGAAGAUGGAUGGCAGAGCGCCUCAUAAGAGCCGGGCACAACCUCUCAGUUAACAACAUUCCACGAGAACGAACAGAACCUCUUCUUCAGCUCGGUGCCAAGUUUCAGUCUAUUCUAUUAGAUUUAUACGCUUAACUUCCCUUACGGGGUUGCCCAUCCCAGAGCUUCCGCCUGCCUAUGGCGCAUCGGGCCCACCGGCCUCUGGGUCGACCAGCUUUGCUACGCCAAGGUGCACCUAGUCGCAGGUGUUGCCGACUUCGACGGCUCAUGACUGAGCUACUUCGCUUGAGGACAUGGGUUGCCAUUCCGAAAAUCCAUAAAAAAUGGAUUUUCUGGUAGGCUUUCGGCAAAAAGGGAAAACACGAAGCCUGGGACGUAACGCCCAGUUUCACGCUAGGGAGUUGCCCGAUUGGUCCUAACGGACUCUGCUGAGCUUCCCCUUUCCAACUUACGUGCCUCCUUCCCCAUGAGGAAAAAACAUUCCUGAAAUUAGACUUGGGCUAGGCUCUGAGCUCCACCAGAAUUGCUUACCUAGCAUUGCUGUCCUUCUCUGAAAUGCAAAACCUUGUCGUAUAUAAUUAAAAUAUGAGUCGAGGCUGCAUGGCGGGAGGCCAUGCCCAGACGAAGACGCCAUAUUUUAAUUAUGCCAAGUUUCAGUCAGUUCAAGAAAUUGGUCAAUCCUGCGACGUUGUAUUUACAAUGGUCGGUUUCCCUCACGAGCUAAAUGAGCUUAUUCUAAGCCCUAGCGGCCUCUUAAAAUCCAUGAAACCUGGCAGCCUCCUGGUAGACCACACUACCUCUAGCCCACAUCUGGCCACCAUUAUUGCUGCAGAAGCAUCCAAAGUUGGCAUCACAUCUGUAGAUGCUCCAGUCUCAGGCGGUGACGAAGGUGCCAAAAACGGUCGACUCGCGAUUAUGGUCGGAGGUGAAAAAUCUGGCUUUGAAAGAGCUAAACCUCUUAUGGACAAUUACGGGAUCAAUAUCAGACAUAUGGGAAAAGCUGGGGUGGGGCAGCAUACUAAAUUGACCAAUCAAAUUGUAUUGGCAGGGAAUAUGAUUGGGAUGGUAGAAGGCAUGAUGUAUGGGUGGAGAGCUGGGCUUGAUGUAGAUCAGAUGAUUGAUUUAAUCUCAACUGGAGCUGCUGGAAGUGUUUAUUUUAAAGCUGUUGCCCCAAAAAUUGCUAAAGCGGAUCAUAGUCCUGGGUUUUAUGUCCAGCAUUUUGUAAAAGAUUUAGGACUGGCACUGGAUGAAUGCAAGAGGAUGAAGAUUGUCCUACCAGGGCUUACUAUGGCAAACCAGUUUUAUUUAAGUAUGGUAGCAAAUGGAGAGGAAAAACUUGGAGUGCAUGCCUUGGUGAAGGUGCUGGAAAGGUUGAAUAAUGUCAAGUUUGGAGAAACUGUUAAUUAG